CGCGCGCGCUCUCUUUCUCUCUCUCCUUUGGUGACGCGGGCACCGGCAAGCAGGGGCGCGCGCGCUUUGGUCCCUGGGAGCGCGCGCGCGCUGGAGGGAUCCUCGCACAAGGGAAGCAGCCAAGGCGAGGAGGAGGGCGCUUAAAGGCACCCUCCAACUGGGUCGGCUUUGGGUUUGGAGGACUUGCCUUGCCUUGCUCGCCAGCUUCAGCUUGUCAGUCUGUUGUUGUGAAAUCUGACAACGGCUUCUAGCAAGACAGGAAAAUGGCUACUAGCAAGACAAAAAACCAGAGUUCUCUGGCCCUUCACAAAGUCAUCAUGGUUGGCAGUGGAGGCGUGGGCAAGUCAGCACUUACUCUUCAGUUUAUGUAUGAUGAGUUUGUGGAAGACUAUGAGCCUACCAAGGCUGAUAGUUACAGAAAGAAGGUUGUUCUUGAUGGCGAAGAAGUCCAGAUAGAUAUUCUAGACACAGCAGGACAAGAAGAUUAUGCAGCUAUUCGAGACAACUACUUCCGUAGUGGAGAGGGCUUUCUCCUAGUUUUCUCCAUAACUGAGCCUGAAUCCUUCACAGCAACAGCUGAGUUUAGGGAACAGAUCCUGCGUGUAAAAGCCGAAGAGGACAAAAUCCCUUUGCUGGUGGUGGGAAACAAAUCAGACUUGGAAGACCGCCGACAAGUGCCUGUAGAAGCAGCUAGAAGUAAAGCAGAGGAGUGGGGCGUACAGUAUGUGGAGACAUCAGCCAAAACCCGUGCAAAUGUAGAUAAGGUAUUUUUUGAUUUGAUGAGAGAGAUUAGAGCCAAGAAGAUGUCAGAAAACAAAGACAAGAAUGGCAAGAAAAGCAGCAAGAACAAGAAAAGUUUUAAAGAGAGAUGCUGCUUAUUGUGAUCUUUAGAGACUGUACAUAUAAGCCAUGGAAUUAGCAAGACAUUUACUACUAAGGAUAGAGGACUGGAUGAAGAAGGAGAAAUCUGAACCCAAUAGGUUUUUCCAUUCACAUAAUAGCCUUUUUGAAAGUGUAAAACUUGAUUUAAGAAUUGAACUCCACCAAAUCCAUAUAUGCUGAAAAGGAUGAAUCAUGAAAAGUAGCUAUCAGGGCUAUAAAGUAUUACCACCAAAUUUUUCUUUGGUCACCAUCUCUUUGCCUGAUAGCAGACAAGUCGCUGUAAAUUUAUCUCCUGAUGUUGGUCUCAAUGACGCUCGCUCUACAGACUCUUCUUUCUUGACCAGUUUUUUUUCCUCAAGUGGCUAGUUUUCACUGAAGUUCAACCAAAGUUACCUGCCUUUCCUAUGUGGCUUCACUUUUUGGUGCUCCUAAUGAAAAGCAUAGGCUUUUAGCCAUUUUUUAAAAAGGGAAGUUAAACACAGACACACUGAGAUCUUCUUGAUACAUAACAUUUGCACAUAACGGUGUUAAGUAAGUUGCAAUGCUGUCAACUUUGUGAAGAUAACUGGAUGGACUCUCAAGACAUAGCCAUUUGGAAGCAAAAACUCAUCAGGGAGUUGGUGUCUUGAGUCAUCACUGCAGUAUUCCUGAGCUGAGUGCAGAGUUUGAGAACAUUAGUUGCUAUAUUCUGUCGAGUUGCAUUUCCAACUUACUUCCAUCUUAAUUUCAGCUUUUCCUUGGGAGGGAAUGGGCAAGGUGUUGUAUAACAGGGAAGAAUUCCUCGGUUUACCACAGCAAAUAAUUGCACCCUGCCUGCCAAAACUACACACACCCCAACUUAAUAAAACUGUUUGUGGUGUAAUGGUGAUUUGUAAUCAUAUAUUGAAGCUAUAGAAAUUUCUGGAUUUUGGGUUCCCCCCCCCCCCCCAGUGUUUUAACAGGAAAGCAUAUUUCUUUAGUAAUCAAGUCACACUGUGAACUCUCCUAAGUUUGGUUCAAUCUGAUUUUAAAGUAAAACAGUCUUAUCAGCAGCAUUUUCUGCAUGUCCUCUCUUAAAAUGAAGUGUAAUUUUGAAAAUUGAAGGGCCUCAUGCAGAGCAUAUUCCUGGUAGAUUGUGCUUUGCACAAAAGUAGUUUGCCAUUAUGUUCUCCUGUCCUCUGGUAAUGAGUUAUUGCUGUCUUUGUAAUGUUGUAUUCCUUGGAGUUGUACUCUUGAAUAUUCACUUCCAUUUCCCUAGAAAUUCUCGAGUAAAGGCAAAUGGGAUAAAAUAAGGGAAUUGGGCAAACUUUACAAUUACAUUUUUUUUUUUAAAAAAAAAGACACUUGAGUUAAUUAUGUGCAGUUGCCAAAAAGUUGCCAUAUUGCUAUUGCUCAGAUUGUACUAAUCCUGUUGCUGAAAAACUUUUAUACAGUUAUUCAUUGAAUCAUAGAAAGAUGGUCUUGUAAAAGGCAGCUAAAUACAUUCACUAAAACGUU